AUGGUGUUGGCUCUCAUCAUCGCCAUCCCCCUGCUCGUCCAAACUUCCAAGACCGACGCUCACUACGAGAUGAUGGGCACCUGUCGGAUGAUCUGUGACCCUUACAACCCCAAACCGAGCGCCACGGCUCUGGAAGUCAUGCAGGACCUCAGUGCCAUCCCCUCUCCAUCCUUUGUUCAAGGGACUAAAGGCGAGCCAGGGCGGCCGGGAAAACCCGGUCCGAGGGGACCGCCAGGCGAACCGGGUCCACCCGGUCCGAGAGGACCGCCGGGGGAUAGAGGAGACUCUGGAAAACCGGGGUACCCCGGGGUGACGGCAGGUACAGCCCGGACCGAGACCGGUGGAGAGCUGGGCUCUGCUAUUGGUGGGACCAAGAUAGCGUUUUAUGUGGGUCUCAAAAACCCUCACGAGGGAUACGAGGUGCUGAGGUUCGACGACGUUGUCACGAAUCUGGGGAACCACUACGACCAGACAACCGGCAAGUUCACGUGUCAAGUGUCUGGGAUUUACUACUUCACCUAUCAUGUGCUAAUGCGUGGAGGCGAUGGGACAAGCAUGUGGGCAGACUUAUGCAAAAACGGACAGGUCCGCGCUAGUGCCAUAGCCCAGGACGCCGACCAGAACUAUGACUACGCCAGCAACAGCGUCGUUCUGCAUCUGGACUCCGGGGACGAGAUUUAUGUCAAACUGGACGGCGGCAAGGCGCACGGCGGAAACAACAACAAGUACAGCACGUUUUCCGGUUUCAUUUUGUACCCGGACUAAUGGGAUAUUGACACCCACCCACCCACACGCAUCCCAGGACAGACGUCACAGAAAUAAACUUCAAUGCGCCAACACUGUCUGUUAGACUGACAGAACUGACAGAUGCCACCCUGCAAAAAUGUCCAGGUGGACCAGUUAUUUAGUCUCAUAUCCAGUCUUAAAAUCGUAUUUUUCUUAAAACAAAGGACAUUUUCUUCCAGUGGGAGUUUCACUUUGUGCAGAUUCACCUUUUUCAGGAAUCCCGAGGCAGUGCAGAAUAAGUAAAGUCACUACUUAUACAGGACAUUUUUACAUUUCAAGAACACAACUUGGUUUGCUUUGGAAACAAGUGAAAUGGGUGUACUUGUCACUGUAAUUUCCUGAUUUCCCCAUUGUUUUAAGAAAAAUAACAUUUUAAGACUCGACAAUUGAUCAAAUGCCUUGAUAAGAUGAAUAUUUUUUUGCAGUGCAGGUGUCGUUGCGUUGUCUGUGUUUUCGUGGAGCUGAGGGCCAUGCCAUGAUGACCACACCUGUAUACAGAGGACAUUGCCGUGUGAUGUGAUGCUAUAUUUUGCUUGAAAGUGUGUCUGUGUCUCACCGAAGAUGUAUAUCAAUAAAUAUAUACAUAUAUAUGUACGUAUGUAUAUAUGUAUCCAAAAAGAAACAAUGCUACAAUCAGUGAAACCCAUAUAGGCUAUAGGCUAUAAUUAACUGUCCCUCCAGAGUGUUACAAAAAUGUUUAUAUGUCUUCGUAAUGCAGUAUAAACUACGUUGAUGAAUCAGUUAUUUCAAUAAAUUAUGUU